AUUAAAAAACCCUGAGUCGCCUGACCAGGAGUAAUUGCUUGCAGGGCAGAGAGAGCUUAGCUGUCUGCCUCUCCGUCAUAUCUUUCCUGCUUCCUCCCUCUUUAAAUUUCCUCUAUUUCUUUGCAAUCAUUCUCAAUAUUUCCCCUUGUUUCUAGAGAGAGAAAGAGAAGAUGACUGGUUUUGCAGAAGGAGAAAAUGUCACCCUUGAUCUUCUCAAGAAGAAAAUGGCCGACUUUGCAAAAGAGAGAGACUGGGAUCAGUUCCAUAGCCCCAGAAACCUUCUCCUAGCUCUGGUGGGAGAAGUGGGGGAGCUAUCUGAGAUAUUUCAAUGGAAAGGGGAGGUUCCAAAGGGACUGCCAGAUUGGAAGGAGGAGGAAAAGGAGCACCUGGGAGAAGAGCUUUCUGAUGUGCUGCUGUAUCUGGUCAGGCUUUCUGACAUUUGCGGUGUUGAUCUUGGUAAAGCUGCCCUGCGCAAGGUGGAACUCAAUGCCAUUAAGUAUCCUGUUUCACAGAAGCAGAGCGAAACAACCACCACCACAGCUACCGCCACCAAUGAGGAAAUUGCACAGCUGGGAUAAUUCUUGGUUUCCAAACACCAACCAAAAGUUCUACUUUUACUGUGCUGUCAAUACUAUGUUUAGUGUGUUUUGGGGGGAAUGUGUGGGGUUGGGGCUGUUAGAAUAAGAGCUUUUUUAGGAUGGUUUCCAAAUUUUCAUUGCAUCAGUCAGAGGACCAGUAACUGGUGCUGUUUUAUGUGCAUUGAUGAUUCUCAGAGAUUUUCUUACUGUUUUGGCUUUACUGAUUCGCUGAAUGGAAUCCCUCUGACAGUUUGCCAGGUA